GUUAACUGCUGCCAUCAAUGAAUUAACAUUACUGUUAAUGACGCAUUCACAGCGAAAAAGGGGAGUUCGAACGACCAGCAACAACAAUAACAUUGUUUCUGUUAUGGACUUGUGGCCAUGCUCUCUUAACACUUUAGUCAUUCUCGCAGUGAGUUUGUUGGCAUGCGGUUCGUGCGUUUUCUGAAAGCGGACGGUCAUUUCAAUGUAUAACAAGCAGCAACGUUGCUGAUGUGCAGCUAGGCUACUACCAAAAUACAAGAGUAAAAAGUGUGUGCGUGUGUAGUGUAGUGUGUGCUUUUAACUUGUUGUUCUUUUUAUUAUUGUAAUGAUGGUGAUGUUGAUGUGAUGUUGAAUAAAAAAUAAAGUAUGAAAGAAGAAUUUUUAUCUCACCAAAAGAAGCGCAGUGUCUAAAUCAGAAAUAGUUCAACGUGGAAAUUCCAAAAAAAAAAAAGAAAGAAAAUAAAUUAAGGAGGGUAGGAGAAAAAAAAUCAAUGAAAUUGCUGGCAGCCAACACCAUAGCUUUUCGUCCCUUAAAAUCGCGUUGCACAAAUGAAAAUAAGUUAUUGCAAAGCUGCUAUUGAAAAAAUCAAAGGAAUUUGAAAAAGCAAAAAAUAAUAUUGAAAAAUAAAUAAAAGCAGCAUUUUUUAUCUAUCGAAUGAAGCCCAACAAAAGUGAGCAAUAAAAUUUCGUGUGUUUUUUAUCAAACGGUUCUUCUUCGCUGUUGGAUAUGCUUGCGGUUGCGGUCGCGUUCUUCGUUGUGCCAUCCAAAAUUUAUUGCGAGCAGAGCAUUCGUUUUGCGGUGACAUUCACUCUACGUUCUCGUUAAAGUGCGAAAAUCUAAUUAAUUUUCAAUGAAGAGGUGUCGGGUGCUCCACUAAUGUUACGAGUGGCUGCGUAUGUGUGUGCGUGCGUAAUAUGUGUCAGUUCGUUCGUGUGUGUAAUUAAUAAUUCAAUAAAUAUCAAAUGGCCUGAAAAUUCACACAAAAUCGCUGUUUGAUCAUUUACAUACCUACGGUGGAAAAGAAUACAAAAUAAUAAUAAAAAUAAGAAGAGGACUACAAAACAAAAAUUUGUGUUUAUUUAAAUGCGUAUUGAGGUCAUUUAUCAAAAAACAAAACAUCGUCAACGGCCUUAAACAACAACAAAUAUCAACGUCAUCUUCUACUACACAACCAACGGCAACAGUGACGGCGGCGUCAACCAACAAAUAGUGAACGUCAACCUCUGAGGAGACGACCCCCGUUAAAUUGUUCAUUAGAACGGUCACAUCAACGGCGCUUCGGCAGCAGCAGCGGCAAAAGAAACAACAACUACCACACGACAAUCAUUCAAAACAAAUUUUACAAGUGUCACACAGUGUAACGUGUUUCGUCGUGUUCGUGGAUUUUUGGAGCAUUGUUGUGUUUUUGUUUUCCUUUGUUUUUCUUUCAAUUUCUCAUUGAUUGUUGGGGCCACCGAGAGAGAGAGUACAUGAAAAAGAGUGAAGUGCGAGAGAGAUUUAUUCGAUGUCAUGAGAAGAGAACGUUACGGUUUAAUUUUGGGGUCUGAGUAAAGUGUUGCAAAUAUUAAGAAUAACAACACUAAUAAUAACAACAUAAACAAAUCGCAAAAAUAAAAACAGCUGCUGGCCUUUUUUUGUUGUUGUAUUUUUGAAUGGUUGGAGAGGAUGUUAGUUAAACGGUACGUCAUCCACAAAUACCUAUUCUGUGGAGUAUACAAACAAUGAGAAAACUAUAAAUUUAGAUGAGUGCUGGUGUACUUUAAUGAAAGAAAGAAUGAAAAAAACAACAAACGAAUUAUUAUUGAGAUUGAAUAUCAAAAUCGAUAAACGCAAAUGAAUGGUGUUAGACUCCGGAAUAUGGCCAGCAGGUGUAGAUGAAUAAUUAAAUACGAAAGAUAGCAAUAAAAGUGAGUGAAGAAUCGAAAAGCGUUGGAUUAAAAGCAAAAUAAACAAAACGUAUGGAAUAGAAUGAAUAAAUAAUAUAUAAAUAACAAAGGCCAUUAUUAAAUGGAAUAGAAAAAUGCAAGUCGAAUACAAUAAUAAAGUGCGAAAAUUUGGAAAAAAAAAUAAAUAAAUAUAAUAUAAAAAUAUUAAAUGUGUGUGUAAUAUCUGAAAAAAAUUGUUUGGUGUUAAAAAAUAUGUGCUUUUUUAAAUGCAAAAAUUAUUUAUUCUAAAUUGCAAAUAAAAUCAUAACCAAGCUGAGUUAUUAAAAUAAAAAAAUAAUCGCAUUAAAGAAAAUAAAAAAAUUAAAAUGUCUUCGAAUUUUAUUGUGGAAUAAAUCAAUAAAAGCAUACUUGGAGACGCAGAAGUAAUAAUAGGGCACAACGGUCAAACUGUUGUCUCCAGCAUAAUUUCUCGGCAGUUUAAACUACGCUUUUCAAAAUGGCUGCCACAAGCGCUGGACUUCAAACACAGCCGCCGCAGCAUCAGCAACAACAACAGCAGCAGCAGCAGUCGGCAACAAAUGUAGUGCAACACAAACUUAAUGGGUCGAACACAAAUUUACUACUAAAUGGAGGUCUUGGUGGUGGCAUAAUGAGGAAUACUCAAAUUCCUCAACAACAGCCGCCACAAAUACACAACUUGCAACAACAGCAACAAUUGAUGCAACAGUAUGCCAUGAAACAGCAACAGCAUGCUAACUUUCUGCAACAUCAGCAGCAGCCGCAACAGCAGUUGCAUCAUCAGCAACAGAGCAAUCAAACGUUUUUAAUGCAACAAACGCCGUCGCAGCAACAAAUCUAUCAAAUAUCCCAACAGACGCAACAGCAACAACAAAUGUUUCACUCGCAAAAUAAUCAAUUUGCCAGCAACAUGAUGCCUUGUCAGAAUUUUAUGACACCGCCGCCACAAUUGCAUAGCCAACCAAAUCGCUUUACCAUGACCAACAACAGCAACAACUCAACUGCCAACAACACCAUUAGCGUUAGCAGCAAUACCAUCACCUGGAGUCAGCAAUAUCAAAAUUUGCAAAAUUCUCGCAAACAGCCGACAAUUGUUGCAACCAAUCAUCAGAAACAACCUCCAACACAAAUACGUCCCAGCAAACAGCCGCCUUUUCAACAGCAGCAACAGCAACAACUGGCUACCACCAACAAUCAGAGUACCAACCCAACAAACAAUGACAGUGGCAAUCUGCAACUGCAAAUGUUGCAGCAGCAACAACAACAAGUUGUACCCCCGGUCAAUAUGCAGCAACAGCAACAGCCACAACAACAACUGCGUCAAGAGGCUUUACAAAAUAUUGUUGCUGCUGUCGCACCGAAACCAGUGUUGCCAACCCAAACGCUAACACCCAAGUCCGAACCCAAUGAAGUGCAAAUAAAUAUUGUUGCAAGUGAUAAUACAAGACAAAUCCAAGUGACUAGUGGUCCAAUUGUUGCAAACAAAAUAAAUAACAACAACAACAACAACAACAGUUGUGAUUUGUCAAAGAACCUACCAAAAGAAACGACGCUCACUAAUGGAUUAACAGCAACAGCGCCAAAUGAAAGUAGCCAAUUAGACGCUAAACCCAAUAUUGCACCGGGUUGGCAAAGACAGUCCAACAACAACAAUGAAAUUGUUUAUAUAAGUCCAACUGGUGUGACGCUACGUUCACCAUUUCAAAUCAAGGAUUACUUACUGACAUCGGGUACCUGUAAAUGUGGAUUACCAUGUCCGUUGCGGCCAGAAUAUUUCUUCAAUUUUAAUGUUCAGGUUCCUAAUACACCGUUAAUGGCAGCAACGACGACAGUAUACCAAAAUAAUAAUGGCUUUAACAAUUCCUCGUCCUUAUCGUCAAGUUCCCACACCGCCACCGUCAACACCAUUACAUCCAACUCAUUCUCAUUGUCGUCUGCAUCGUCAUCAUCAUCAUCAUCCUCAACAACAACAGCAACUGCAUCAUCGUCAUCAUUACCCGCCUCGAAUACGUCGUCGUCGUCGUCGCCAUCAUCAGUGCCAAAUGCCUUGGCAUCGAGCACAGCACUGGCGGCUACAACGGUGCCAUCUGGUGCAGCGCCAACAACUACCCUGGAUACAGUAACGGCCGCAAUACCAUCCGCAACUCCUUCAUCAUCGCUGACGUGUUUGCAUCAGAGACGUUUUCUUGAUUGCCAGCAAUUACAUGCACAACCCACGGAGUUAUUUAAUAAAGGUAAGCUUGAUGCGAGUAAGAGUGUAUGUGUGUGUGCGACUUUAGUUUUCGUCAUUUCUAAAAUUACUUGCAGCAUACCUUGGGGCGCACAUUGUUAUAGUUUUAACAGGUAUUGUUGCAUAUCUCCAAAGGGGGAAGAGGGUUCGAAGAAAGGUUUUGUUUUAUGUUUUGUGAGGAGGAGCAGAAUCGUUUUGAAGGUGGUGUCGUAAUGAGAAAAUUUAUUUCAAAAAUGUCAUAAAAAA